GUACCGAAUAUUGCAAGGUGCUGUGACGAACAGUCAGAGUCUAGACGUAUAGCUAGUUAGCUGUUGUGAGUGAAACUUCGGUGUAGGGUUUUUUUGUGUUGCUACGCAAUUUAAAAACAAUAUAUAUAUAUAUAUAUUUUGUACGUUUGUAUUCGUCGGCUUUGUCGAACCUAAUAAUAAAGAAGAAGAGGAAAAGUGACGCGUCGUUCUGUGAAGGAGAUUUUUGGCUGUGUUCCUGUAGCUAGCUAGCCGGCUUGCUAACAAAGAAAAAUAUUUUGUGAAAAGGAGCAAUCCUCCUCACUAUUUUCUCUAGUUAUGAGUCAUGUGGCCGUCGACGGUCUAGAUCAGCAGCUUUCUGCCCUAGACUUGGGCUCUGCAGACGGGCAGGGUGGAGGCACUGGCAGGCGUUACAUUCCUCCUCACUUGAGAAACAAAGAUGCUGGUAAAAAUGCAGGAAAUGCUUAUUCCUCUAGUAGACAGAGCGGUUAUUCAAUGCCACCAGUACUGAGCUGUUGCCCAAGAUACCCAUCUCAGGAGCUUUCCUUCUAUCACACCUACGGUGGUGGCUGGCCAGACAGAUGUGACUCUCCUGGAUGGGAUGGUGGCCGUAACAACUGCUUUGUUAAUGGAUACCAUGAUAAUCGUAUGAAUGGAGCUGGAAACUUCAAUCGCGGUCCUCCUCGCAAUGACAGAACUGGCCGCGGCAGCUUCCGUGGAACCAGAGGUGGUGGCACCUUCAACCAACCCAUGCAUAACACAACCUACAGUGGCUUUGAAAACAAAGAUGGAGGCUGGAACACAGGUUUGAACAGGGAUGCUUACUCCAGCUUCGGUGGUCGUUCUGACAGAGGAAAGUCUGCUUUCUUCAAUGACAGGGGGACAGGCUCAAGAGGAAGGUAUGAGCGUGGGGGCUUUAGUGCUGGAGGUGGAAUGGGAAACAGUCGGUGGGUAGAAGAGUCCAGGGAUGAAGAGGACUGGUCAAAGCCUACUCCACCCAAUGAGCGCCUGGAACAUGAGCUGUUCUCUGGAAGCAACACAGGGAUUAACUUUGAGAAGUAUGAUGACAUUCCUGUGGAGGCCACUGGCAGCAAUUGCCCUGGCCCUAUCGAGAAUUUCCAUGAUGUUGAUAUGGGGGAAAUCAUAAUGGGUAACAUAACUCUGAGCCGCUACACCCGUCCCACCCCUGUGCAGAAGCAUGCCAUUCCCAUAAUCAAGGCCAAGAGGGACCUAAUGGCCUGUGCUCAGACAGGCUCUGGGAAGACUGCAGCGUUUCUGCUCCCGGUGUUGAGUCAGAUAUAUACUGAUGGACCAGGAGAGGCCUUGCAAGCUUCUAAAACCAGUGGCCAGGAAAAUGGAAAAUAUGGCCGCCGAAAGCAGUAUCCGAUCUCCUUGGUCCUGGCUCCAACCAGAGAGCUUGCUUUACAGAUCUAUGAUGAAGCCAGGAAGUUCGCAUAUCGUUCCAGAGUGCGCCCAUGUGUGGUGUAUGGAGGUGCUGACAUUGGCCAGCAGAUCCGGGAUCUGGAGAGGGGCUGUCACCUGUUGGUGGCCACACCGGGACGUCUGGUAGACAUGAUGGAGCGUGGCAAGAUCGGCCUGGACUACUGCAAUUACCUGGUUCUCGAUGAAGCUGACCGAAUGCUGGACAUGGGUUUUGAGCCACAGAUCAGACGUAUCGUGGAGCAGGACACCAUGCCACCAAAAGGUGCACGCCAAACCAUGAUGUUCAGUGCUACCUUUCCCAAGGAGAUUCAGAUCUUGGCCCGUGACUUCCUGGAGGAGUACAUCUUCUUGGCUGUGGGCCGUGUAGGCUCCACUUCAGAGAACAUUACCCAGAAGGUGGUCUGGGUUGAAGAAAGUGACAAGCGCUCAUUCCUGCUGGAUCUGCUAAAUGCCACAGGAAAAGAUUCCCUUACGCUGGUGUUUGUGGAGACUAAAAAGGGUGCAGAUGCCCUUGAGGACUUCCUGUACCGCGAGGGCUAUGCUUGUACCAGCAUCCAUGGUGACCGCUCUCAGAGGGAUCGGGAGGAGGCGCUUCACCAGUUCCGCUCGGGCCGUUGCCCCAUUAUGGUCGCCACGGCUGUGGCUGCCCGUGGUCUGGAUAUCUGCAACGUAAAGCAUGUCAUCAACUUUGACCUGCCCAGUGACAUUGAGGAGUAUGUCCAUCGCAUUGGGCGUACUGGACGUGUGGGAAACCUCGGUUUGGCCACCUCUUUCUACAAUGACAAGAACAGCAAUAUCACUAAGGACUUGCUGGACAUCUUGGUGGAGGCAAAACAGGAGGUUCCUUCCUGGCUGGAGAGCUUGGCAUUUGAGCACCAGCACAAGAACAGCAGCCGAGGCCGCUCCAAGAGGUUCUCUGGUGGUUUUGGAGCCAGAGAUUACCGUCAGAUGGCUGGAGGUGGCAACAGCUUUGGCAACCGUGGUGCUCGUAAUCCAGGAGGCCAUGGAGGCAACCGAGGAUUUGGUGGUAAUAAGGGUGGCUUUGGCAGUUUUGUCAAUGAUGGCUACGGUGGGAGUUAUGGAAACUACGGAGGAAGCUACACCCAAGUGGAUUGGUGGGGCAACUAAAUGUCUCUGUGCAGUGGCUCACCAUGCCAGACUAGCUGAAUGGAAACCACAUGUUAACUUAAGCCAGACUCUGCGCCCUGUGUAGCUUUAAGAACUCGCAGUACAUUACACGCUGUGAUUCUCUGCCUGCGUUCAGAAUGGCCGUGGCAGAACAGAGCGUCACUUUGUAGUCAGGAAACAACAAUGGACACCCAGUUAUGUUUGAUGUAGGACAUUGGGCUUAGUUUUCAACUGCACUUUUCUUUGUUUUGAAGCAAAAACUGAGGAUCAUUUAUAUGUUAAUGUACUGUGCCUUUAAAUUUAAACAGGACAUUGUUUUAUCAUUUCACAGAAUGAACUUGGCCAAGAGCUCAAUUUGUUUUUGUUUAUAAUAUAAAGCUUGUACUUAAUCAAACCUUGGCAAAAAGGAAAAUGUGGCUUGACUGAGUCACAAUUCCAUUUGAACUUCAAAUUGACUUAGGGAUAUAAUACAGCCUACAUUACAGGCCAGAGAACUAACAGCUCAUGGAAGCAGCAUAGAAGCACUGGACAAGUGUUUAUCUAUAUGUGGCGACUUUGCUGUAAAGGAUAAAGAGUUCUGACUUUUUGCUCACUCUAUCCUGGGUAGGCACCUAUUUUUAGGUAUAUGGUAGUCUUCAGAAAGGCCAUUCCAGUUGUGAUAGGAAUAGUCAUGACAAAAUGGUAAACACUCAGUGUUAACUACACUCUGGUUAACGACACACAGUGCUGGAACUUGUUACUCCACUGCUUUUAAUUGACUUGACAGUGUUAUGGCAGCUAGUAAGUACCACAUGCUAGCCACUGUAAGCAGGCAGCAUUUUUUUGUUAUUUUUUUCCUUGAAACAUUUUGAUGGAAAGAGAUGAGAGAUUAUCAUAUGGGUUGGGGGGGGACUUUUAAUAAUGUUUCAUCUCAGAGAAAAAAAAACCAACAAAAAUAUGCGUGCCAACUUAAGGCGAAAUUCAAAUAACUUAAAAACGGACCAUAGUACCAAAGCGACCCUGCCUCUCGUCAUGGCCUCUUUGGUCGUAUACGCAUGCUAGUGUUUUGUUUUUUGGUCAAGGACAGAGGACAAAUUCUGUCGCAGGCUUUACUUUAUUACGAACGUUUUCUCUUUUCAAGCUGCGUUGGUAAGUAUGCCUCAUGUUCCUACACAGAGGUGUUAGGAAAUGGAGUUCAUUCUGAGGCAUUGGCAGAUAUGCACAGGGUUAUCCGAGUUGGGCCUGGCAUGCUCUCGGGCUUCGCUGCACUGUGGUGGUCACGAUCACUGUGUGGUGGCCAAACACCAGGUUUGCCCUCCUUUGUGGUACAUUUUAAUGCUGUCGUCUCCAGGAGUUCAUCUGCUCUGAUAUAAACUAACCACUGGCUCCGAGCCAGCUUUCUGCUUCCUUUAAAGAGGAAGGAAACCUCAGAGAGGAGGAGGAAAAAAAAAGAAGCAUUUAAAUCAAGUGCAAUAGAUUUUUUUCUUCUCAAGUGUGUUGUGCCUUGACAUUUUUUAAAAAUUGAUGAAUUCAAGCAGAUGCACUGACAGUAUUGAGAACUUAAAGUUGAAUGGUGCUACUUAAGUUAGGUCUAGGCCCAUGUAUGUUGUGCCCAUCAAGUUUUACGAAGUUCUUUUAUUGCACAUCUAGAGUUUUAUAUAUAAAUGUCUUGAGUGUGUGUUCUCAAGCUUCCAAAUGUUGUGAAUGGUGAGAUAGAAACGCAGCUUGUUUACAAAAGGGGAAGGGAUCUCAAUAUUUACCAGGAUUUAUUUGGGACCAGGGGGAUCAGCAGUGGGGAAUUUAGCUCUUUGCACACAGAUUUCUAGAUUCUACUUUUGCUGCUAGUUUUGUGUAAUUUAUUAAGCAUUUUUGAGAAAUAUUUAUUUUUGUAAGCCUCAAAGCGAUUCUUUGAAAGUUUCAAGAAACUUGACCAAAAGACAGUACAAAAACACUGGCACUUGAAUGUUGAAUGUCACCUGUAUGCGUGGAAUUUCUAUACUUGGGGUAGUGUGAGCUUUUUAAUGUUUCAGACUAUAUUGGACUGAGUCAGUAUCCACAGCUGUUGAAGGCCUACAGGCCAUAUUUCUACAUAAUUACCGAUUGGCUCUCAAAAUUGGAAAUAGGAGAAAAAAAAAAAACAUGCCAAGGUUUGGAAUAGUGUUCAAAUGACCUAAUAAUUUCUUAGAUGUAUCAGUGCAAAAAGUGUCCAGUUUCUCCAAAUGUGUGCAUUUCUUCUUUUUAAAAUGGAAUUUUGUUCUGUUAGGGGUUUUGUUUCAGUGAAUGUCUGGCACAAGGCAAUCUUAAACAUGUGGUUCUUCUCUAGUGUUGCAUUUGCAUAUACAGUGCCUCUGGGGUUAGGCCUCUGAGGGGCAGUUAGCAA